AUGGAUAAUCAUUGUCAUUAUCCAGCUAAACGUGUUAAAAUACGUUUAAAAGCUAAAAUUAAUUCCGAUGGUUCAGCCAUACCAACAACAGUUAUAACAUCAACAAGUAAUGUUCGAGUUGCUAAACGUAAAGCUUAUUCACUCAUGAAAAAAGAACGUAAAGCAACACAAACACUUAUUAUUGUUCUAAUUUGCUUUUUAGUAUGUUGGUUACCAUUCUUUGUGCUCAAUAAUAUAGUUAAUGCUUUUGUUAAGUUAUCAAAAAAAUCCAGUACAUUUCUUGUUAAUGAUUUUAUAUUAUCUUUAUGUGUAUGGUUAGGUUAUAUAAAUUCAUUUUUAAAUCCAAUUAUUUAUACAAUUUUCAAUUUGGAAUUUCGAAAAGCAUUUGCCAAAAUACUUUUCUCACCAUGUCGAUUUUCGUCAUCGUCUUAA